AUGCAUAGCCUUGCAACCCUAUUGUUGUGGCUCUGUGCCUUUGAGUUGUCUCUGGCUGCGCCGAAGUCGUCUUCCUACGAGCACGUGAAGACGGAGAAUGGGCAGAUCACAGGCCAUCGCUCACCCAAUGCCAACGAGGUCUGGGAGUAUCUGGGCAUUCCGUAUGCGCAGCCACCACUCGGUGCUUUGCGAUUCGCUGCACCUCAGAAGUACAAAGGCCAAGGGGAAUAUAUUGCUGCCAACUUCGUAAGCACUUACUUGGCGUUACCAAACUAUGGUAUGCAAAUUGGCUGCCCACAACAACCUCCCAACUGGCCCGCAUUUCCUGGAUUUACGCCUCAAGCAUUGAAUUUUGCUGGUGGUACUGGAAUUUCUACAAGUGAGGACUGCCUUACUUUGAACAUUUGGUCAAAGCCAGCCAUCAAGUCUGCUAAGGUGAAGAAGCCUGUCUAUGUUUUCUUCCAUGGAGGGCGCUUCGCGGGCGGCUAUACCAACACGCCCUUUGCCAAUGGCCAAUACCUCGCAAACAACGAGGACAUCGUCGUCGUUUCGGUCAACUACCGCCUCAAUGUCUUUGGCUUCCCUGGUGCCCCUGAUGCAGACACCAAUCUCGGAUUGCGGGACCAACGCCUCGCGGUGGAAUGGCUCCAGAAGAACGUCGCAGCAUUCGGCGGAGAUGCGAAAAGGAUCGUCAUCGCUGGCCAGUCUUCCGGCGGUGCAGCCGUGGACUGGUGGUCCUAUGCGUACAAGGAGAACCCUAUCGUCCACGGUCUCAUGUCGACAUCAGGCAACGUAUUCAGCUUCCCCAUGAACACACCAGAAAAGCAACGAUCCAACUGGUUCGACAUCGUAAAUCUAGUAGGCUGUGGCUCAUCAAAUGACACACUGUCUUGCAUGCGCCAUCAACCCUGGGAAGUCCUGUCAAAAGCGGUAACAAAGAUCCCUCCUAGCCCAGGCGGCAGUCCAGUCCGGUCAACACCGCCUUUCUACCCGGUCGUCGACAACCAGAUCAUCUUCUCCGACUACCUCUCCCGCUCAGAAGCUGGCGAAUUCGCUAAGCUGCCUUAUUUCCACGGCCACAACGAUCACGAACAAGGCUAUUACGUCAUCCCGGCUUUUGCACAAGGUCGAAACGUGACGAAGGCGCAGGGCGACCAGUUCCUCCUCGAGUCCUUCGUCUGCCCCGUUUCCCACGAAGCUAACGCACGCAUUGAUGCUGGUGUACCCACAUGGGUCUACCGAUACUACGGCGACUGGAACAAUACCCGUCUGUAUCCUACGUCCGGUGCGUAUCAUGGGACUGAACUGAACAUGAUUUUUGGUGGCUCUGCGGAUGCUAGCGGCAUCCCUCAAACGCAGGCUCAAAAGGAUACUGUUAGGCUUGUGCAGCGGGCUGUUGCUGCGUUUACUGAGGAUCCGAAGGAAGGACUGACGAAGCUGGGCUGGCCGGUCUUUGAUCCGGAGAAGAAGAGUUGGGGUGAGAUCGCCGUGGGGAAUCGAGCGGAGAUCUCGUUUGCGAGACCGGAGAAGUAUGAUGUGAAGUGCGGGGAUGUUGUAUUGGGGUCUUUGCAGGGUAUGUCGUAG